AUGGAGCUGCCCACUCGAGGGACACUUCUGAAUGCAAUUGUGUUAUAUCCGUUGCUUCGGGCAGACCUGUCGUACUUGACAGGUAUUCUGUUGCACACGCGAGCUGAAGAUCGCGACGUACUUCUGAGCCUCACGCAGCAGGUUGUGCGGGCAGUGAGCGAUUUGCACAGACUCGCUUUAGUUCACCUAGACAUCAAGCUACAAAAUUUCCUCGUCACCGAAAAGGGAAGUGUUCUAACGGGGGACUUGGAUGGUGCGAAGCUCUUUGGAUCGCCUGUAAUGCCCGUCAUGUUUACUGCUGCUUUCGCUGCGCCCGAGCUGGCAAAAAUCGUGCUGAACAACGACUACACGGCUGCGGCAGAACCCACAAUGGACUCGUGGUCACUAGGCAUAGCGAUCUACGGAAUAUGGUGUGGAGGGUACCCAUUUACUCAAGAAUUUCGCAAGCUUGCCGCUGCUGAGCAAAUGGAAAUACUAUACAGGAGGCCCACCCAAACCCUCGUCUACGACCUCGAGUGUACAGAGAACAUGCCCCGGGAAGUUUUCGAUCUCAUGAGCAAAUUCCUCAAGCCCAACCCUAGCGAACGGCUCACACCCAUUCAAGCCCUCACCUCGCAUCCCGCGUUGAGGCUACAGGUUCCGGGGGGAGAAGACGUGCGAGCUUCAGAAGAAGAAUUGCCAUUUAAACUACCAGAAGAAGAACCUGCAACACUAUCGACGGCGUCAACCGCCUCUACAGACGAAGCAGGCAGACCAGCCAGUCUUUCCUCGAGUUAUGUAUACGUUAAGCCCGAAAUGGUGGCUGGAAAGCGCAGCUUUGCGGAACAGGACGCGAGUUUCACUACCCCAAACAGCGACGGAUACCGCUUCGUUGGCAGCUACACGCGGGAUCCUAAACCCCUUGAUCACAACCGGCAAGAGUCGUCAGCAAGCCCCUAA